AAUUUCAUUUGGACAAGUGUUGUCUAAUAGAUAUAUCCUUUUACAUUCAAUGAUAUCAACAGACCCUCGGUGUAUUUUGUCAAAAAGAAAUGGUCAAUGGAGCCUAGACAGCAGCUCACAGAACUCCACCAUUUACAAAGCAAAUAAACAAAUGAAGAAUAUCAACACUGGAGCACCCACCCAAACAAAAUAGCGCUUCCACAAGGAAGAGGCUACAGGACAGUGUUUACAAAAUCCUCAUUAAGGAAGUUGUGAGAUAACACACGCUCAUGUGCAUCACACAAAGUUGAAGGCACGCACGCACGCACACACACACACACACACACACACACACACACACACCAGCAGAGACCAUAAGCACUGAGCAAUGCAGAGCCCACCAUAUCAUAGAUAAGGGACAGAAAGAAAGAGCUGGGAAGAAGAGAGCAGAGCACAGAGAGAGACUGACAGAGUUGAGGACACAACAGAGAUGACUCGGACGGACAAAGCCAAGCAUCGGCCACCCUGUCACCGGAACUGCAGCCCUGUUGCAAAGGACAUCAAAAGGUGUGCAUGAGAAUAAAUGCUGUGAGCUCUGGAAGAGAGCAGUCGGAAUACAAACUGCAGAGACGCUCACACUGGUCAGUGCAAGGGUCAACAACAUUACUACCAUGGAACCAGAACUUUCUUAGCCUGCAGAUGAGCUGACCACAAUUUAAGUUAACCUUUGGAUUAAGGCGUUCAGUUAUCACAUAAUUUUGUCUUACUGCAUCAGCUCAUCUAUAGACAAUCCCAGGCGGCAUACAAUAGAAAGCUGCAGACAGUUUUUCCCAUGGCGAGCAUUUGGGUCUCUCAACUGGGAACCAUCUGCAGCUCCAAGACUUUGCUCUUGGUGUUUUCCAUCCUGCUGAGCCAGGGGCCUCUCUGUGGACAGAGCAGCCCGAUCUCCAACACCCAUCAGAGGCAUCGCUCUGCUCCGGUGCUUGGAGGGGUGGUGGAUCCGUCACUGCUGGAGCAGGACAACAACAUGAACAUGCAGAGCCUGCUGGAGAGUCUGAAGGAACAGUUUCUGCGGACUUUCAACUUGUCUGGCUUGAGUCCUCCUCCCCUGCCUCCUGGAAGCACACGAGAAGAGCCACCUGAGUACAUGAUGGAGCUCUACAACCGCUUCGCUAAUGACCGCACCGCCAUGCCCACCGCCAACAUCAUCCGCAGCUUCAAAAAUGAAGAUUCAUCUCCCAGUGUUGUGGGAGUUGGAGGAGUGAGGCGUCACCCACUCCUCUUCAAUGUGUCUGUCCCCCAUCAUGAACGCAUCACAGCAGCUGAGCUUCGCCUCUAUACCCUUGUCCAGACUGACCGCCACCUCUAUGCCGGUGUUGACCGCAAGGUCACUAUCUACGUAGUGGAAUCGCAUGACGGAGAUGACAACAUGACUGAUGAGAACACUGUGAGAGGCGAUGGAUUCAGAGGAGGAGGAGAGCGGCUAGAGCUGGUGGAGUUGGUUUCACGACAAGUCUAUAGCACUGAUAAUGGCUGGGAGGCCUUUGACCUCACUGCUGCUGUUGAACUUUGGCGUAAAUCUGACCUUGGCACCACGCACCGGUUGGAAGUGCACAUUGCCAGCAUGGCUAAUGAAGAUAAUGUUCAAGGUGUGACAGAGGACAACAAAGACAGGAAUCCACCUGAAGGGUACAUGAAGAUUGACACCAGCUCUGAGGAAAAACACAAACCUCUGCUGAUUGUUUUCUCUGAUGACCAAAGUAGUGAUCACCGUGAUGACAAGCGCGAGCUGAACGAGAUGAUUGACCAUGAAACCUCUAACAUGGUUCUCCAGAACGACUUGGGGACAGGCCUGAAUGGGCUGUGGGGGGAGCUGGGGAGGGACAGGGAUGAGGGAGAUGAAGAAGCUGAACCAGAUGAAGAGGACCUCAUCCAAAUGCGCUCCAAUCUGAUCUACGACACAGCAUCCCGCAUUCGUCGCAAUGCCAAGGGAAACCACUGCAAGAAACAAUCUCUGUACGUAGAGUUCAAAGAUAUUGGAUGGGACAGUUGGAUCCUGGCACCCACUGGUUACGAUGCCUUUGAGUGCACCGGCCUAUGUUCCUUCCCACUGACAAAGCACGUCACACCCACCAAGCAUGCCAUUGUCCAGACAUUGGUCAACAUUAACAGUCCUCAGAAGGCGGCACGAGCUUGUUGCGUGCCCACCAAGCUGGACCCCAUCUCCUUGCUGUACCUGGAUGACACAGGUGUGGUCACCUACAAGUACAAGUUUGAAGGCAUGGUGGUGGCUGAGUGUGGCUGCAGAUAGUCCAAGCUUGGAGAGAGUUUAACUCUUCGUAAAGUCUUACAGUGAGAGGAAAGACACAGAACUUAUUAUUAAUAAGCUGAAAAGGAGAUAAGGCAAAACUGUCUUCAACAAAUGGACAAAUGUUGGAAUCUCUGUAAGGGUUACUCAGUGAGAUUGGAAGUGCACAGUCACUAUUCAUGAAACUAUUUGAGCUCCAAAUGGAUGGGUGUGGACAAAUAUAUGUUUUAAACAGCAAAACAGAAAUAAGUACUUCAUCUUACAUGGCCAAAGCCAUGAAUAUCAGUUGCCAUCUCAUCUUUCAGACAGUGUGAGAGAGACAGUGUAUCAACAUGUUCCCAUUAGUGAUGCCAAGGUGUGUCCUCAUACCCACAAGAAUAAAAAGGCACAAGAUUUCCCAAAGGACUGAACCAAGCACAUCCUACAGUAUGUGCGGCCUGGUGGGAACUUGUGGGUCAGUUGUCCCCCUCCCUCUCACAUCUCUCUUCCUCUCCACUUAUCUCUGGCCUCCCCACUCGAUGCAAACACUAAUCAGCACUUCAUGUGUCCUGGCGCAGUGAAAUGACCUCCAUGAGGCAACCUGACAACACAUGAACUCUCCAGGCCCACCUCCUGUAGCCUCCUGAUACGUAGGCGCUGUGCAGGGGUCCUAGUGGCAGGGUUAUCUAUCCCAACCCUAUUUCCCACUUCACAUGCCUCUUUUCCACUCCCCUUAGCUACAGCGAUAGCAAGGUGUGGGGGGUUGAGAAACAUGUAUGCCACCACUCAGGCUGGAGAACUGGACGCCAUUCUGAGCAACUUUUGAGGUGGUGGGAUGGGGGAGUGGGACAGGACAAGGGGGCAGGGGUUGUCCACAUUCCUAGGCAACAAACACUCUUAACUGACUCAACUCACUGACCUAGCAUCAUGUGACCCUAACAUGUCUCUGACUCCUCAGUUGAGUCGUUCAUCACUUUUAUGGUAAAAAUUGCCUUUUUGGACAGUUAUUAUCUAAAGGUUAAAAUCAAGAGUGGAAAAAGGGGGCACCUUGUUGUGUUCCCUUUCCCAAAGGAAAUACAGUUACAGAAAUGCAGUUUCUUUUGUUAAAAGCCUUUUGAUACCUCUGCUGCUUGUGUCAAAUAAAAGACUAUUUAUUGUUCUAAUUUAUUAAUUUUUACAACAGAGUAGAUAACUAUAUAUGUAAAUUUGUAAGUUACUUAGUGUAGAGCAGGUUUUGUAUCUGUGACAAUGCAUUUGCAGCACAAAAUUAAUUUUCUUGGGAAGAGAAAUGGUGACAAUUUCUAAAACAAUAAAGAACUACUUAACAAAUCCUAAAAGAGUCUCCUUAACUAUUAAUUAUUCACUGAUCCUUACUGUUUCAGAAAGUUUACACACCAUGUUAUUCAAAAUGUCAUGAGGAUUAUCUCAUAUCAAGAUAAACAUAAAUAUAUGGAGCUAAAAUGCCACACUGAUGUUGUUUUUCACAAUUAAUUGCACAUGUUCUAUUUUCCACAUAACAAUUGUCAAUCAAAGCAUCUUGGUCUAUCAACUUUCCUUUCCAUUACUUUAGGAAGAAGCUGCUAGACCAAUGAUACAAUGCAUUGCUAACAUUCAGAUCAUUCAGUCCGACAGUAUCAGCUCACAGGUCAUAGUUCAUACAUGACACACAAACAAAGAACCAUGGGAAACUGAGUGGAAGACCCGCUAAUGAACAAAAUGGAUGGCCUGCUGCACACACUGACAGCUAGCAGAUGCAGACAGCUGUGAUGGAAAACCUGUUUGUGAAGAGAAAAUGUGAACAAAAACCGAACAAAGAUCUGGACUCCAAUAUCUCUUUCUGUUCUCACUAAAUUUUCUAUGAAUGUUAAACUAGAUCAUUGAGCAUUGUGUUGUUCUUUUCAUGUAUCAACACACAUUGAAGAUAAAUAAAGGAUACAGAUCAGA